AUGAGUCCGUUGAACCGAAUCAACCGCAUCGCCUCGCACAUCUGCCCGCCCGUGUCGACCAGCGAUGGUGGGCUCAGCAUGAACGUCACGCGCGCCAAGGGCAGCAGCGGCGGCUUCAAGGUCGCCGUGCUGGGCGCGGCGGGUGGCAUCGGGCAACCACUCUCGCUGCUGCUUAAGAUGAAUCCGCUUGUAUCGGUGCUGCACCUGUACGACGUGUUCAACACGCCCGGCGUCACGGCCGACCUCAGCCACACCAGCACCUCCGCCGUCGUGCGCGGGUUCCUGGGCAAUGACCAGCUGGGCGCGGCGCUAGACGGAAUGGACCUGGUGAUCAUCCCCGCGGGCGUGCCGCGCAAGCCGGGCAUGACGCGCGACGACCUGUUCAAGAUCAACGCCGGCAUCGUCAAGACGCUCUGCGAGGGAAUCGCGAAGCACUGCCCGCGCGCCGUCGUGAACAUUAUCAGCAACCCGGUGAACUCGACGGUCGCGAUCGCCGCGGAGGUGUUCCGGCGCGCGGGGACGUACGAUCCGCGCAAGCUGAUGGGCGUCACGACGCUCGACGUGGUCCGCGCCAACACCUUCGUGGCGGAGGUGCUGGGGCUGAAUCCCGAGGAAGUGAACGUGCCAGUGGUGGGCGGCCAUGCAGGCAUCACCAUCCUGCCGCUGCUCUCGCAGGUGACACCUGCGGUGAGCUUCAGUCAGGAGGAGCUAGACCAACUGACCAACAGAAUCCAAAACGGAGGCACGGAGGUCGUCGAGGCCAAAGCCGGCGCUGGUUCUGCCACCCUGUCCAUGGCGUAUGCAGCGGCCAAGUUCGCGCAGGCAUGUCUACGGGCCAUGCGGGGGGAGGCGGGCAUUGUGGAGUGCGCCUUCGUGCAAUCCACGGUGACGGAGCUGCCAUUCUUUGCCUCGCGAGUGGUGCUGGGGCGGCAAGGAGUGGAGGAGGUGCUAGGGCUAGGGCCCAUGACUCAGUAUGAGCGGGUGUGGUUGGACAAGUUGAAGCCUGAGCUCAAGGCAAGCAUUGACAAGGGCGUUGAUUUUGUAGCAAGGGCUAAAAAUGAUUGA